UUCAAAAAAAGGAAAGGAAAUUUCACCUCCCUCAGUAAAAUCCCCAAUGGAGAGCAGUGUAGAGGCGGCGGCGGUGGUGGCCGGUGGGUACGGCUGCGGCGGGUGGGAGACGCCGAAGCGGAAGGAGUGCCGCAUCCCGGCGACGCUGCCCUGCCCCGCGGCGCCGAGGAAGGCCGUGCCGGACUUCGGGAAGCGGCGCAGCCCACCCAAGAACGGCUACUUCCAGCCGCCGGACCUCGAGGCUCUCUUCGCACUCGCGCCGCGUCGCCAGGCCUCCUCCUGCGCGUGAUUAGGCGGCGUUGGCGGCGGCAGAGAAGAGCUCUGUUCUAGAUGAAUUUUGGGAGUUGUAGAUACUUUGCCGAUUUCUCCUCUGUUGUACUCUAGGGUUUAGUAGCGGGGUAGGGGUGGCGUAGGAGGGUUUUAGGGAGUAGUAGGUAGGUAGGCGGUGGAGGCAUGAGAUGAGAGCUCAUAAGCAUACUGUUUUGUAUUGGUUCUGAUGAUGAAAUCUUUACAAGUUCUUGGCA